AUGGAUAAAGAUGAAUUAAAGAAAUCUAAAGAUAAGUUGAGUGGUUCAUCUUCAUCUUCAUCUUCAUCGACGUCAUCGGUUGCAAAGAAAGAGAAAAAAGACAAGAAGGAUAAAGAUAAGAAAGAUAAGAAGGAUAAGGAGAAGAAGGAGAAAGAGAUAAAGAAGGAGAUCGAACGUGAGAAAGAACGUGAACGUGAACUUCAAAAGGAACAGAAGGAGAAGGAACGUGAGAAAGAACGCGAGAAAGAGCGUGAGAGAGAACGCGAGAGUAAUGGCGGUAAAGAAAGUAGCAGUAGUAGCGGUGGAUUAUUUAGUAAAGUUGUCAAAGUUGUCACCGGUGACAAACAAACAAAUGAGACUGUAGCACAACAGACACCAACAUUGUCAACAACAUCCACACAAGAGAAUCAUAAGAAAGCAAUGGACUUUUGGCAGAAUCAAACACCUACAACAACAAAUAACAACAUGAGCAACAGCAAUGGCAACAACAACAACAAUAUAAAUAACAACAACAACAACAACAACAGUAAUAAUAUAUCAGCUACAAUAUCAGUUUCACAGACAUCACCAACAUCCAAUUCACCUCCAUCUCCUACAAAUACUUCAGUUCAAAACAAUAAUGAUAAAGAAAAUAACAACAAUAGCAGCAGCAGCAACAGCAACAGCAGUAGUAGCAAAGAGAAAGAAAAAGAUAGUAAAGAGAGUAGAAUGGAAACAAGAUCGAUGUUCUUUUCAAAAGUUUUAGAUAAAUCAAAAGAUAAAGAUAAGGAAAAAGAAAAGGAAAAAGAUAAGGAUAAGGAUAAAGAUAGUGGAAAUAACUCACCACCAAUAUCAAAACGUGAUAGUGAUAUGAGUAAUAGUAAUGGUAAUAAUGGUGGCCCGGUGACGGACGACCAAAAGAAGAUCAUUCAACACCUCACCAACUUUACAUCUCAGUAUGGCGACAGUAUCAAAGUGAUGAUCGAAGUGUUCUAUCAACCACUGAAAAAGAAUGAUCAACUACUUACACAAGAUGAAGUGAAAAAGGUGUUCAACGUCAUCGAAUCGAUAUCCAGUUUCAAUUCCGUCAUUCUCGAAGAUCUACAGAAAUCACUCAACACAACACAAACCACCCAACAACAAUUACUAUCUAUAUUUUCACAAUUCACUGGAUAUUUAAAGUUAUAUAAAGUAUAUGCAUUAUUGUAUAAUUAUGGAUUGUCAGCAUUAUGUUCAUUGGCAUUCAAUAAUACACGUUUCGAUCAUUUCGUAAAGAAUGGAGAGCAAAAGUUACAGAAUGACUAUAACCACAAGUUAUCGCCAUUAGUCGAUUUCACAACAUCAGGAGUUAUGAAACCAGUUUCACUAAGUGAUAUAUUCGGUGCUAAUUAUGAAGCAUCCACUACGCUGCAGUCGGGAUUGAGCAAUUUGAGAAAGACUGGAUUGAAUCCAUCGUCGAAUGUCAGUAGUGCAAAGUUUACAAACGAGUAUACCUACUAUAGUUUGCCAUCACUCUUGAUUCUACCGAUUCAUUAUCUCGCUCGGUUCAACCAGUUCUUCCGUACCUUUAUGGAUUCGAUUCCCAAGCAAUCGCAAGAGUACAAGACCUACACCAAACUACAUCAUCAAAUUGGAAUCGUUGUAAAAGAGAUUGUUAUCGAAUCAAACAAUAUCAACAAAGUAAUUUCCAUCUCAAAUUCAAUUAAAUCCAAUACAAUUGGAUUAUUUAAUAAUUCUGAAAUAGUUCAAAGUAGAAGAUAUUUGAAAGAAGGAAAUUUAAUUGAACAAUAUAAUAAUCAGAGAACCAAUUAUUAUGCAUUCUUGUUCUCUGAUAUCAUUAUGUUUACAGAGAAACUUGAAGAUGCUCCACCAAAUUCAAAUGUAAAUUUAAUUGCCUAUGAAGGAUCACUUCAUUUAUUAAAGAAGCUGGAAAGAGUAUCAAAUAUUCAAGUGGAUGAUCCUGAACUUGGUUUUGAAUAUAGAAAAGGAUUCCAAAUUAAAACAAAAGAAUUUUCAAUAUUUUAUAUGGCGUUGAAUGAGAAGGAUAAAGGAGAGUGGAUGCAGAGUUUUCAACAGGCAACAAGAAAGACACCUGGUGGACACGCCAGUAGUUUUUCAUUGGGUUCGGGAGGAGCGGCAGCAGCAGUCGCAUCGAAUGGCGAUGAGGAUAUCGACGAUGAAGAUCCAAAGGAUAUCCAGGGUGUCGUCAAAGCAAUUGCUGGUGGUCAGCGCACAAAGCUAGAGUUGAACGCUCAGAUCCUAAAGACUGGCGAACCAAAGCUGGUAUUCACUCAACUCUCAUCGACAAGUUUCAUCACUCACUUGUUCUUUGCGCCAAACUCGAUGAAUGAGAAAAUCAUGAAUCUACUCGUUGCCUAUGUCAGUGUGAGUCGCUCGCUUACCCAUCUCACACUCUCGCAGAAUGCGCUGUCACCGACCUGGGCAAUUGCGCUGGGCGAUGCACUGCGUUUCAAUCAGUCGUUGACUCAGCUCGAUCUGAACGAAGCACAGAUCAACGAUAGCGGACUGGCAAGUGUAGUCGACGGUGUCUUGUCGCAUCCGUCACUCUCGAUUCUCAGCUUGACGUGCAAUGCCAUCACCAAUAACGGAGCAUCGCAGAUUCUCCGACUGUUGCGAUACCAACAGACUAUCAAUGCACUGUUCUUGGAGGACAAUGCAAUUUCACCACCGAUGGCAAUCGAACUGUACGACGCAUGGCUCGCCAACUACACAACUUCACUCACGCUUCUCGUGUUUAGCGCGACACCACCCGAGUACGCCGAGAAGAUCAAAAACAAGAUUCUUCACAUCAAGAAUCGUCUCGACAUCAGAAAACGUCGUGAAACUUCCAACAAGCCGGCACCCCCAGCACAGCCAAGAACUCUUCUCGACCUCGGUCACUUGGACGCUUCUGAAAUCACUGUUGCCUACCUGAACAAACUGAAUAUGUUGCAGCUGGAUAAUCGUAGAUUGGCCGACCUGACCGAGUUGUAUCUCGACCACAACUGUAUCACUACACUGCCACCGACCUUCUUUAAAGAACUGCAACGCGUUCAGAUUCUCGACUUGUCGUCCAAUCAGCUCAGUCAGUUGUCCAACGAUAUUGGCGAAGCCAAAGAGUUGCGCCGUUUGAAUGUGUCACACAACAAUCUGUCGGCACUGCCAACUGGUUUGCAACAACUGAAACAACUACAACAUCUUGAUAUCAGUUUCAAUGUUAUCGAAUCGAUUGCUGACGAUGUCCUGCCAGUGUUGACUUCACUCAAGACGCUGAUGAUGCAGAGAAACUUCUUUAGUCGUCUACCAACUGCUCUAUUCACCGGUCUCAACAAGUUGGAAGCAUUCUCUAUCAAUGGAUCACCGUGUUUCCAUCCGAUUAAACAAAGAAUAAUGGAGGCAUGGGCUCUUCGUGUUCAAAAGAUCGACUUGUCAGAGUCAAACAUUGGAUUCCUCCCGUUGGAAAUUGGAAACAUCAUUACACUGACCGACUUGAAUAUCAGUCAGAAUCGUAUUAAAACACUGCCUCCUCAGAUUGGAAGACUGGUAAACUUGGUCAAUCUUGAUAUCUCAUACAAUCAAAUCAGUGAGUUACCAUGGCAACUGUCAAAGUUGGAAAAGUUGAAAUCGAUUGCUAUCGUGGGUAAUUCUCUGAGUUCCGAGCUAAAGAUUGAACUUCCAGAGGUGUUGCAAGAUGAGCAACUCACCGGUAUUCUCACCUACCUUCGUCUGCAGCCAGUCUCCAAAGAUAUUCCAUGUAUGAGAAUGAAGUUGAUGUUGGUCGGUCAAGAGAACGUAGGAAAGACAUCGAUUGCCAAGUGUCUCAAGAAAGAGGUGAUUCCAGUGUCAAAGAAGCUGCGUCAAACCAUCGGACUGGGAACACGUAGAAAGACAACUGUGGUCGAGCCAGAACCACAGUUUGGUUCGACAGCAAUGGCGAUAAAUCCGCUGAACACAACUCUGAAUCUGUCGACCGACGGUAUUGACAUGGACGACUGGAAGCCUAAUGCCCAAGAGGAUUCCGCCACACCGGUCACUUUCAGCUUGUGGGAUUUCGCAGGUCAAGAAGUCUACUACUCGACUCAUCAGUUCUUUAUAUCGAGUCGUUCGCUCUUUAUUGUGGUAUUCAACAUGGCUACGUUCCACAUUGAAUCCGAGUCGAGAGUACCCUACUGGCUGCAGUGUAUCGAGGCAUGGGGAGGUGACGCACAAGUCAUUCUCGUCGGAACACAUCUUGACGAGCUAGCUUCCGGCCAGGAAGAGAAGAUUCAAGCAGAGAUUGAGAGUCGGUUCUUCACUACAUUCCCAUCGAUCAAAGGAUUCCUCCCAGUCAGUUGCAAAUCUGGUAAGAACAUAAACAAACUUCAAAACUUGAUCGUUCGACUUGGUCGCGCCGAAAAGAAGUUGGGUGUGAACUACCCGCGUUCUUUCUUCCAGUUGGAAUCACUGAUUCUCAGUGAGCGUGAGAUGAACACUCCACCCAUUAUAACGAUCGAAGAGUUCACAGCGAUGGCCGAGUCGUGUGGUAUCUCUGCGGCACAGGUCCCAAGUGCAGCUCACUUCCUUCGUGAACUCGGUAUCAUUGUCUACUUUGACGAUAUCAAAUCGGGGCUGGAUUCAUUUGUAUUUAUUGAACCGCCAUGGCUCACCAAGCUAAUGGCAACCUUGAUCACCAGCAAACCAAACUUUGUACAAUCCGGUGUACUCGAGCAGUCGAAUCUCCACCAAAUUUGGAAACCACCCGAUUUCCCACAUCACCUCCACCAUGUACUUUUAGCUAUACUUCAACGAUUCGAAAUCAUUCAUCCACUUCCCGAUCCAAAGGUUGUAAACACCACACCGAUUCCACAGAACAUCAAACCACAGAACAACAUAUCGAAGCUGAGAUCCAACUUUAUCACCAACCAGAAUCUUUCCUCCAAUUCACUGGCGAUGAACUCACCGGGUCCAUCGAACGCCGCCGCCACCACCACCACCAACUCUACUGGAGUUUCAAAGUUGAAUGUCAGUAAAUUCGGUUCACUCUCGAAAGGAUCGUCACUGAAUAUCGCCAAGAAUGCAGCUACAGUCAAUGAGAACACCGCUCUAGCAGCUUCAACAUCUUCACCUUCACAUCAGACAACACUUGUUGCCAAAGUCAGUGUCAAACACUUGAUUCCCGUUCUUUUGAAUGAAGACAGACCCGCUUCAAUGGAAAAGGUGUUGGACGAACUAAAGAAAGAAACUUCACCGGUAUUCGAAAGAAUCUACCAAUUUGAGUUCCUUCCCAUCGGUAUGUUCUCAAAGUUGAUGAUUCGUAUCAUGCAUUUCACUACGGUAAAGGAGUAUUGGAAGUUUGGAUUGUUGGUAGAUCGUGAGUCAUCGAUGUCGUUGAUCGAAGCGACCUCCAAUCAAGUGUUGAUUCGUGCAUGGGGAAAGAAUGCAGUGAAUCUGCUUCGUUUCAUUGUAGAGACAGCCGAGGUGUUGCUAUCCGGUUGGUACAAGUUGAGAUUCCAAUUCUUGGUGCCCUGUAAUUGCGCCAACUGUAAGACUAUUGCAAAUAUGUCUGGCGCAGCUACUCUUCCGCGUGGCAUGGGAUUGGGUCACUCCUCUGACAAAGUGUUUGUCAACGACGGUGCAGAACCACUGACCGCUCAACAGAUUCAACAACUGGCACUCCAACUUCAACAGCCUGGAUUGGGUACUAGCAAAGACGGACAACCAAGCGGCUCAGGUCACUCCCCGACCAACACAAAUCUUCAAGCGAUGCCGCGUAUCCCCGAAGAUCCAUCGGAUUCCGGACUGGACUUCACUGAAGACUUUGAGAGUGAUAUAUCGCCGGGCGGCACACUCAAAGCCAAGAGAAAGAAGAACGCAGGUCCAAAGUUCCUCACGCUCUACAAGAACAAACAGACCAAAGUCAAAGAUUCCAAGAAUUUCCUCAACUCUGCAUCGGCACUGAUCAACCAGAGUUUCAGUUUCAAAAACAAUGAUUUGCGUACACAUUUCCUCUAUGAGGACUGCGAGCGCGCCAUCAUUGCUAAAAAGACAGAGAUAAUAUGCAAGUCAGCGCUGAACGGCGAGGAGAAAGCAGUCAAGCUGGAAUCGAUUGUACCGGAACUGCUGUUGAGUGAUAUGGGUUCGAAUUUCACGAUCGAAUACAAGGAUAUGGAAAUCAUUGAAAAGAUUGGUGAGGGUGGUUUUGGAACUGUCUUUAAGGGUCGUCUUCGUGGUCAGUUGGUUGCCAUCAAACAGUUGAUCAUUGAAGGUCGCACUCAAUCCGAGGAGAUCUUCCGUGAGUUCCGUCGUGAAGUGUGGCUUUCAAACACUUUGAAUCAUCGAUCGAUCGUAUCAUUGAAAGCAUGUUGCUUGAAUCCCUGUUGUUUGGUAAUGGAAUACAUCCCCAAUGGCAAUCUCUACGACUUUAUUCGUAAGCAAACCAACGCAACCUGGCUGACACGUAUCAAGAUCGCUCAGAAUAUUGCGUCGGCCAUUCAGUAUCUCCACGAUUUCAAUCCAAAGAUUUGUCAUCGUGAUCUCAAGUCACCGAAUAUCUUGAUGCUCGGCGACAUGAACUCUGAGAUUGUCUGUAAGGUCAGUGAUUUCGGUGAGACCAGAGCAGUCGUCACAUCUGCACUCGGUCGAGAGAAACUGUCCAACCCGAUCUGGUUGGCUCCAGAGAUUAUGCGUGGUGAAGAAUACACUGAGAAGGCCGAUGUCUACAGUUUCGGUGUGAUACUGUGGGAGAUUCUCACUGGUUUGUUGCCAUUCGAUGAGUAUCCAGUGGCACAUUCAUCGUUCCUCUACCAAUUGGAAGAUGCCAUUUGCGAUGGAUUGCGUCCCACCAUUCCAGCGGCGACACCUCCCACCUACUCCUCGCUCAUCCAAGAAUGUUGGCACAAAGAUGCCAUUCAAAGACCUACCUUUGCACAGAUAUCACAAAGAUUACAAGCUAUUCGUGAUCAAAAGUUGAACUAUGUUGUACCAGUUCCACAGCAAACAAAUAGCAAUGAUAAUAAUACACAACAGAAACCUCAACAACAACAACAACAAUCUGCUCAGACAACAACACCAACUGCUACACCAACAACAUCAACUCCAGCUGCUAUACCAACAACACUAUCAUCAUCAUCAAUUCCAACUGUUGUUUUAAGCAAACCUCCAGCUGGAGCUUCACAACCACAGGAUAAGCAAACGCCACCACCAGUUCCAUCAACACCGAAACCACCAAUCAGCAAUGGGGUUAUUGUCAAGGCAGCUACCACUGCCAAACCAUCUGCACCCAUAACCAAACCACUUCCAACACCAGGUCUUGUGAAAUCACCAACAACACAAGGUGACAACAACAAUAACAACAGCAACAGCAACACUACUGUUAAGCCAGCACCAGCUUUCUCACUUAACAAUAGUAGUUCCUCAACACUAAAUAUAUCGACAUCAUCAACAACACCGACACCAGCACCAACACCACCAUUUAAACCUCCAACAUUGAGAUCACCCUCAGUUGCUCAGAAAUUGAAUGCAACUCUCAACAGCAACAGCAACAGCAACACCCCAACAACAUCACCAACUCAAGGAACUACAGCACCAUCACCAACUUCCACCAGUCCAUCGUUAGUUGGUAAAUCACAGAGUAGCUUUACCUUUGGUGCAUCGGCAUCUCAAGUGAACAGUCCUUCACCCAGAAGUUCGCUACCACCCAUUCCAAGUGGCAAUGGAUCGAUUCGUAUCAAGAAACCACUUCCUUUGGUUGGCGGUGGUGGAGUAUCAUUUGAACCAACAUCAUCAUCAGAUCAUAACAAUCAUACCGAAUCACCACCAUCAUCAUCUUCACCACCUUCGAUUCCACCUGCCAAACCAUCCAAACCACUACCACAACCAUUUGUUAGUAAAGCAGCACCAAUAUUAAAGAAACCAUAG